ACUGAAACGACUUUUUCAGUACCAACCUCAUCCACUAUUGUAAUCUUACAUUUUUGGCUUUAAAUUUUACAAAAUAUCUAUAUUACAGUUCAUCGUAAGAAACAAAGGUAUAUUCAUUUAAGCAUUCCUGUCUUAUUUAUGGAAUAGCAGAUUUUGGGUCACCUAUCUUAAUCGUGCGCCCAAUUGAUUAUGCAAAGUCCUCCUAAGAGUCCGAAACAAUCAUUUACUUCUAUAAAGUUUCAAGAACCAACUCGAGAAAAUUCCCACUCUAGUCUUUUUGGGGAAUCGUCAAAAUCAAAUUCACAGGCAAGCGUCAGUAAACUGCUUAAUGUUGAAACACGGCCAAGCCAUCGAAAAGGGCAUCAUCAUAGACAUUCCUUAUCCCACCAAUACUUUUUACCUCCUAAGAAUCGAAAACCUUUAAGCUUUCCUGCUACUUAUCCAAUACCUACACUUACAGAAACGUUUUCAAUUCUUACAUGGAGACAAAAACUGAAACUAAGUAGCUCUUUAUUAUUUUUCUUUGCUUCAGUUUUUGUCUUUUUAUCUGGAGAUGCUACCGUUUUGCUGUCAUUGUCUUGUUCACUAAUAGUAGAAGGUGUUUUGAUUAUAUUAAACGUCUGGCGUGAGACUCUGGACUGUUUUGUGGUUUGGCGUAGAACAUCGCUUCGUUAUCCUUUUGGUUUGCAACAAAUAGAACUGUUAGCUGAUUUUGCAUUUUCUAUCUUGUUACUAUUUCUUGGACUUAAUCUUUUAAAAGAGCCGGCAGAACAUGCUAUUGAAGAUUGGGGAAAUAUUCAACAUUCAGAACAUGCUGGAGUAGAAGGAGCUCAUAUUCAAUCUAUCUUUUCCAUCUCAGUAGCUUUACUUCUUUCGGGAGGUGCACUGCUGUUCGACCGCUCUCAUAUACAUAGUCAACGCUUGGACUCGCGUUUUUUUCAUGGUUUGACAUUUGUUCCCUCUUCAAUCCUUUUUGUCCUUCGGAGUGUAGGGAUUCAAGUUGGCUCGUUAGUUAGCCAUAUUUUCGCCAUAAGUAUUGCUGUUACCGUUGUAAUCGUUGGGUUCUCUAUUGCGAAAUCCUUGGCUAUGUUGCUUUUACUGACGUAUUCAAGUAAAGAAAAGGUUUUGCAAUGUGUAUCUCUCAUCAAAGAAGACAGUCGAAUAGAGCAACUUAACUCUGCUACAAUUUGGCAGCCUCAUUACAAUACGUGUAUUGCUAAUAUUAGCAUAUCGGUUAGAGGAAGUGAGCGUGAACAGAUAUCUAUACGUGAGGAUGUUACGAAAAUCAUUCAAAAAACUGUAGGAAGUAUAUUUGGUACCGGUGUCCAACCAAAGUGGGAAAUUACUAUUGAUAUCCAAAGGAUAUAAAUUUUGCUUCUACAUUAAUGAUGUUUACUUUUCUUUUCAGUUUUAGUCAUUCAUUUAUGUUAAUUCCAUUACUAUUUAAGAUGGUGGCUUUAUGCGAAGCUUUCUAUUAUUGUUUGUUCAAUGUUCGAUAAAUAUAUAAAAAUAUAAUAAAAUAAAUAAACAAAAAGCUACAUUAUUG